UAUCAGGCAAGUAGCCUUUCGCCUGAUGUUUAAUAUUCACUAAUUACUUAUAUAAACUAUAUGAGAUCAAAUUAAGUUGCUUAAAUUUAAAUAUAUCAGUGAAUAUGUUAAAUGCAAUAUUUCGUGCGAGUCCGUGGCUUGAAAAUACAUUAACAUCUUUAUACUUCAAGGCAAAAAGUAUUUCUACAAAUGGUUUUUAUGGGACACAUUGUGUUUCUGCAUUCAUUCAACAACCCAACAUGAAGGUACAAAUAUUACCUGCACUUCAAGACAACUAUAUGUAUCUUAUUAUUGAUGAAGCAACACAAGAAGCUGCAAUUGUGGAUCCUGUAGAUCCUGACAGUGUUGCUUCUGCUGUGCAGCAAAAUAAUGUAAAAUUAACAAAAGUUUUAACGACCCAUCACCAUUGGGACCAUGCUGGAGGAAAUACAAAGUUAUGUAAAAAAUUUGCUAAUUUGCAAGUAUAUGGUGGUGAUGAUAGAAUAGAAGCACUUACAAAUAAAGUAACACACGAUGAUAGAUUCAAUAUUGGAGAGCUUAAAGUCCAAUGCCUUGCAACACCAUGUCAUACUACAGGACAUAUUUGUUACUAUAUUACAGGAGAUCAAGAUCCUCCGGCAGUAUUUACUGGAGAUACACUUUUUGCUGGUGGCUGUGGUAGGUUCUUUGAAGGUACUGCAGAUCAAAUGUAUAAAGCGCUUAUACAGGUUUUGGGAUUGUUACCCAAUGAAACAAAAGUAUAUUGCGGCCACGAGUAUACAGAAAGUAACUUAAAAUUUGGAAGGCAUGUAGAGCCACUAAAUGAAGCUAUUCGUCAAAAGAUUGAAUCAGUUCGUAUACAACGUGAAAAGUUACAUCCUACUGUGCCCAGUACUAUUCAGGAAGAAAAAUUAACAAAUCCGUUUAUGCGGGUACACGAACAACCUGUAAUGGACCAUACUGAACAGAGAGAUCCAAUCCAGACCAUGGCAUUCCUUAGAAGGGAGAAAGAUAAUUUCAAAGCAUAAGUUUAUUAUUGUUAUAAAAAGGACAGUGGUAUUUACACAUUACUCUGUUUAACAAUACAGAAUAUUCUUCCUAAUAACACUUUGGUCCUUAUCAAGUACAAGCAUACAUGAACAGAUUUUUAUUAAUCUUAUUUAUAAUAUUUUAUUUUGAACUGCUAUACAUAAAU